CCGAUCGAGGUGUGUGUGAGUGUGCGUAUGUGCGUGUGUGGGUUGGGGGGUUGCAUCGGAUCCCCCUCUCCUUUAGAAGUAUAUAAAACCCAUGGAGUUAACUCCGGAGAAAGGGUUUUCUCAGGACAACCGAUCACAUUUACCAGCAUGGGACAGACACGGCAGGACCAGGCGGAGUGCACGGACGUAGCGAUCGACAUGGGGCGGGACGAGAGCCUGUUGCUCCUGGCCAAACACUGCCGGGACAUGAGGCGGCAGGAGAGCAGCCUCAGAGUCGUCACUAUGCUGCUCUUCCUCAGCUGUACGGCUAUGUUCAUCCUCUGCAGCUUUGCAGAAAUAAGGAGAAACCAAAGCGCUGCAUCUGACGGACAAACGGUUGUGGCAGCCUAUUCAAGACAAGACAACUCCAUAGAAGGUAAUUCUCACGGAGGCUUCACCGGGAUGAGCAUUGAUCUGGGCUCAGAAGAACACGAAGAUCCCAUGCCCAAUGGAACUUACAUGAAAUGGCGUCCUAAUUUUGGCCACAAUUACUACGACGACAAAAAAAAUGCCAUCGUUAUCACCCAGAGCGGCAAAUAUUACAUCUACGUGAGCAUCGGUUUGAGCUGGAAUUUUGAUGAUGAAUCUGAGGACAGGACUAUCAAUGUACAGCUACAGAAAUGGAGUGACAGAUACCAAAGUGAUGAAAUCAUCCUGGAGGCCUGGGAUGAAGUACCACAGACUUUGUAUGGGAAGAAGAACGUGUACCUUGGGCGGAUUUUUGAUUUGACGGCAGGAUCUCAUCUGAAGGUGUUGAUCGGAAUGGGCUAUGAACUGAUUGACUCCACAAAAACUUCCUUUGGAUGUUUCCUCUUGAAAUAGAGAUGGAUGACAGCUUGUGGGAACAGUUUCCCUCUCUUUGUGUGCUACAUUUUCUUCCCCAUGGAAGUCCACGAGCAAUGCAUGUUAACACUAUACUUAAAAUAAUCCAUGUAGGUUUCGUCAUCACUCACCACCAAUGUAGAGGUGUCAUAUAUGCCGAAAUAACUGACAAGCUGACCUUAGUCACACUGUAUGUUCUUUGGAGAGGUAGUCUCAUUCUUUCAACUGAGUAGUAGUGCUUCUUUAAGUAAAAUAUUUUCAUUCUUUCAACCCUUUGAAACUUGAAAAAAAGAUAAAGAAUUACCAGAAAAUUAUCAACUUAUAGAACAAACCACACACUCAAGACCACACACUGAAAUCGCCUAAAAAUGAACAGAAAAUUAACCAAAAAAGUCACAAUAAAAAACAAAAAACAAAACAAGAAACACACACACACAUAUGCACACCAAACAAAUAAAGCAUGGCCACCGUCUCUAUGGGUUUCUGACUACUAUGUAACUGUAUAUUAAACUGCUCUCUGGAAGAGACAGAGCUGUUGGAGAGCAAUGUGUUAAAUUAUGAAAAAGUAAUAUAGACUUUAACAGUUUGUCAUGUUUACCGCUGUUUUUAUCUAUAAUAUUGGCACAGUCAAAGAGAUGCUGACUGUGCUACUUCCUGCAACUUGAACACUGUCUUAUUGCUUUAUUUCCACACACUGUGCUAUAUUAUACAUUCCAGAGGAAAUGUCACAGAAGGACCUCGAGGAGUAAUUGAGAACUGGGUUGUGACAAUACGGCACAUAUUAUAUACUCA